AACCAUUCCGUCGCUCGCUCAGUUCGCCUUUGAUCGUCGUCGAAUCCGAAAGUUGGUGUGUCUCUUUUCGCUCUCUCUGUACCGCGGCGUAUACGACGUUGUUGUUUGUUGUUUCGGCGAAUUGAGCCGCCUGUUCGGCGGUAUUUUUGUGGAUAUUAGUUGUAACAUAUCGGAGACAGUAAAGGAGUAACAAGUUGCACGGUGCGUUCGGUAAAUUGUGAGUAAGCUUUGUUAGUUUUAUUUUUUGGCCUCAGAGUAGUGGAAGUACGGUUAAUCGAACGACGACUUCACCAAGUGUGUGUGUUUAUUUUACGGUGGGUUGUUGAUUAUUUUGCGAUUGUCGAUGCAAAAUAAGCAGUUGAAAGUGUUAACAGUGAAUUCCUUUCCAGUGUUUCGGUGAAUUUGGAAGGUUAAAGAUAAAAUAAAAGUCUCCAUUGAAGAUUGUCUCGUUCCGGAACAGUGGCCUCAUUUUUGCAGCUGUGAAGUUAUCGUCUCGUUGUUGCAGCUUAAUCGUCUGCAGACGUGUUAAAUAAGAGCCCGCAAGUCAGCCCUCCGGCAUCGAGGUAUUCAUCAUCGAACGCGAUAGCAGCCCUUGCCAGCUGACGUAAAAUGGAGCUUUCACGAAUAAAAGUACUCUACGCUGGAUUAGUACUUCAGCUACUGUUCACAAUUGCUCUUCCGCUGCCCUAUAACAAAUACGGACGACAAUGUACAGACAUCGGAUGCCUCUUCAGCCAGGUGUGCGUGAUGGCCUACGAUUCCUGUUCCCUUGGUCAGCGUGACGGCAACGAAUGCGGACGCUAUCCAACAUGCAAGAAGAAAACCGAAGCAGGUUUAGCCGCAGACAACACUAACGAUCUGUAUAGUAACAAACCGGCCCCGCCUAAGACCGCUCCGCCGUCCAGUGACGAUGACGUUUUGUCUACUUUGGGAUUGGGUCCUAGUAUGCCAAACAGCAAUCGGCCAGCGGCUGUCAAUCCUAAUCCAUACGGAAAUCCUUACCCAGUGCUUCCCCCUAGCCAACCCAAACCCACUGCUCCAUACUAUCCCCCAGGAGGUAACAACAACUAUUACGGAGAUGGUGGUGCUGGUGGUAAUGCAGGAAAUCGUCGUCCUGGACAGUUUGAUGGUUCCACAGGUAACAUUGUGGUACCAACACAAAAACCAACCUCUUCCUCUGGUGGUGGUUUCUUCGGUAGCAUUCUUGGUGGUAUACAAAAUGCGGUUUCCAAUGCCGUUAAGCAACAGGUCGGGACAUACAUCAACCAACGGUUGGGCAUUGGGCCGGCUGCCGGUCAAGCUGGCGGUGCAGGAGGCCUUGGUUCACUGUUCGACGCCAGAAACUUCAUCAACAACAAAAACACGGGAAGUCUCUUCAGCGAACGAAAACCUGCCGAUUCAUCGUCAUCGCUACCUGGCCAUCCCUACCCGAUUACUGUUGAUCAACGUAGCCAGGUUUAUGGGGCUAACCCACAACCAAACCGUGGAACUUCACGUGAAAUAGGUGGUCGCCAACAGAACGCUGGUAGUACUCCUGCACCAUACGGAUGGAAGCUGGAUUGAGCAAGCCUGACAAAUCUCCAAUGCUGAGGAAAACGAUAUUAACCAGUAAAUUAACGAUACUCCACCAGACGUUUCUGGUUGAAAAAUACACAUGAACAAAUAUUUCUUAACUAUCUAGUGAAACUAGACUUAGUUUAGCAACAUCCGAACCCAGAAUGAUUAUUUUUUUGUAUCUAAUAAAUUAACAUUGCGAUAG